CGCUCGGCCGGGCUGCCGUGACCGCCGGGCACGGAGCGGCCCGAACCCCGAGCGCGCCGGGCAUCGUUUCGCGUGUUGGUCUGAGCAACGGCAAGCGAAGAAUAUGAACAGGAAAACAAGGCGCUGGAUCUUCCACAUCUUCCUGAGCCUGGGGAUUGUAUAUAUCAAGAUCGGGGGUUUCUCCUCUGUGGUGGCCCUGGGAGCCAGCAUCAUCUGUAACAAGAUCCCGGGGCUCGCCCCCCGGCAGCGGGCGAUCUGCCAGAGCAGGCCCGACGCGAUCAUUGUCAUCGGGGAAGGGUCCCAGAUGGGCAUCAACGAGUGCCAGUUCCAGUUCCGCAACGGGCGCUGGAACUGCUCGGCGCUGGGCGAGCGGACGGUCUUCGGCAAGGAGCUCAAAGUGGGGAGCAGGGAGGCCGCCUUCACCUACGCCAUCAUCGCGGCCGGCGUGGCCCACGCCAUCACGGCGGCCUGCACGCAGGGCAACCUCAGCGACUGCGGCUGCGACAAGGAGAAGCAGGGCCAGUACCACAAGGAGGAGGGCUGGAAAUGGGGCGGCUGCUCCGCCGACAUCCGCUACGGCAUCGGCUUCGCCAAGGUCUUCGUGGACGCCCGGGAGAUCAAGCAGAACGCCAGGACGCUCAUGAACCUGCACAACAACGAGGCUGGGCGCAAGAUCCUGGAGGAAAACAUGAAGUUGGAGUGCAAAUGCCACGGCGUCUCGGGGUCCUGCACCACUAAAACCUGCUGGACGACACUGCCCAAGUUCCGGGAGCUGGGCUACAUCCUCAAGGACAAGUACAACGAGGCCGUGCAGGUGGAGCCCGUCAGGGCCAGCCGCAACAAGCGCCCCACCUUCCUCAAGAUCAAGAAGCCCCUUUCCUACCGCAAGCCCAUGGAUACAGACUUGGUGUACAUAGAGAAAUCCCCCAACUACUGCGAGGAGGACCCGGUGACGGGCAGCGUGGGCACGCAGGGCAGGAUGUGCAACAAGACGGCGCAGCAGUCCAACGGCUGCGACCUGAUGUGCUGCGGCCGCGGCUACAACACGCACCAGUACUCCCGCGUCUGGCAGUGCAACUGCAAGUUCCACUGGUGCUGCUACGUGAAAUGCAACACGUGCAGCGAGAGGACAGAGGUGUACACCUGCAAGUGAGCGCUGCCCGGGCUGCUCCCUGCCUACAUUUGCACAUGCACCCGGCGGAGCCGAGCGGGACUGCGGCGGGAGCUGCUCUCCCCGGCCAGGUGCUGAUGGACAGAGCCCUCUCCUCCCUCCUCGCCUCUCGCCGCUUGUGUGGAUACACGUUUCAGACUCUUAUGGUCAGCCAAGAAACAAAAACAAACCAGCCCCACCGCGGGCCGCCAGACACGCAAAGGACAGAGAAAAGGAUCAUCCCAGUGAGCCUGCACCUCGGAGCUGCCUGCCCUGGGGAGGGACACCAGCCGGGGAGAAACCUCCCGCUCUGGGAAACGCUGCUGCGUGCCAGGAGCGGGGAGGGGUAGGGGGAAAUCCCCGCAAAAGGGCUUUGCACAGGGUGGCAUGGACAGAGCUGCCCGUGAGUUGCCCGUGGGAGUGUGUAAAUGACAGAGAUUCAGGCUUCUACACCCGUGAAAAGCUUCCACUGCUCUUGCCCGUCUUUCCACUUCUCAGCACUUGCUGCAGCAAGAAGAACUGUGGAAGGGCUCUGUAGACACUGCUUUAUCUGCCUUUCUCGUGUGUGUGAGCUGCAGAUUUUAGCACAGGGAUUUGGGACACUUGGGCAUAAUAAUAACAAUAUUUAACAAUUUAUUCAGAUAAAACUAAUAUUAAUUUAUUUAAUUAAAAGAAGAACUUUACCAACCUUUUUGGAACUAUUCUGCAAUUAAACUAGAUAGCUGGCUUUCUUUGUGGAAUAAUUUUGUAGGAUCAGCAAGGAAACACUGGAGCUGUAUAUAUUAUUCUUGACUAGGAUAUUUCUAUUAGUUGGACUUGCAAGAUAAGUUCUACAGUACUGGAUGUUUAAGGACAAAAGCUGGCAUCUUUAUAUAUAUGUACAUACACAAACACACUGUAUUUUUGGGUUUUUGUUUGUUUGUUUCCUCCUGUUUGCUGCUAGCUGUCUGGAACAAAAGUGGAGUGGUAGGGGUUACAAAUCUUUACCAGUUUUUGUGGUUAUUUUUUUUUUCUUCGAUUAAAGAAAGAAGCAUUAAUAAAAUCCUGUUUGGAAUAUGUCUAAAAAUAAGAAAAUCCAGACAAAAUUCCAUCUUUUGGAAAAAUCAACCAUAGGAUAAGAGAGUAUAUUUUGUAAGAGACUA